UGGAGUUGACUUUCAAAUGGGAAGAGAUUCGAACCGAGCAGACGUGAGGCAUUCGACCACUCGUGUAUGUUCCUCUGUUCCAUACUUUCCAUUUUAUCUCCUCAGCUGGAGAAAGCCAUGUACACUGCCCAGAAAUGGCAUCGGAUUAGAGUGGGGUACGGAGGUCCUGAAGAUUUCUACCCCCUGAAACAUGUGAGUCACAAACAAUGGGGCAGAGUCUUCACUUUUCCCGACUCCGCUUUACCUGGUGUAAAAAUUAAUGAUCUCCAAGAUAGCGAACGAAGCUCAUUCUUCAUCACAAACGUUACCCAUGUCACUGACUCCGCUGGAGUCAAAGGUAUCCUCGCUGACCAAUGCAUGAAGAAAGCUAACGAAAAGAAAAUAGGAGAAAAUUUGAGCGUCAGGUUCUCGUGGUGGCAUGUCGAAGCGAACCAAAGGGGAAAAGAGAAACAGAAGGAGAAAUACAAAGAAGACACGGAAAAGUGGCUAACAGAAAAAACAGGAAAGCAGCCCCGAGAUGUGGGGGAUUUGCUGGACGCCCUGUUGAAGCAAUAUAUCAGCUCUCCCGCUUUUCUGGAAGUAUCCAAUUACGGUAAUUUCAAAUUCACCUACAAUAUCAAUGAUCUAAUCGAUGAAUAUAAGAAAUCAGUCUGUCAGGGAAAAAAUCCCGAGUUCAGAGUAUUGGGAACUUUCAGAUAUGAUCUCGAGUUGAUGCACACUGUGGCUGUCUACCCUCCCUGUGUCAAGAUAUUCGAGCAAUGCCCUCCCCUCCCUUCUAAAGUGAUUUCCCGGGAAGGUACCAAAUGGAUAUGGAGACCAGAAUCCACAGGUUCUGAAAUCCGAGAGCUCAAGGAGGACGGCAAUGGGAAUUGGACGGUCAAUGAUUGUUACCCAGACGCUCGUUCCUGGGAGUAUCUGAGCUUUGCUUUCUACUUGCCAGAUGAGAAACCGGAGUUCCCGAUCCCUCUGGAGUGUAAACACCUCACUGUCUGCGAAAUGGAGAAGAGUCAAAGAUUCCGCAAAGUGUAUCUGCCCCGAGAUAAAGCGGAGGAGAUCCGCAGAUCUCUCUGUCCCCGAACAGAGGAACUGUGAAGUUGUAAACAACUCGGAAUUGAAUCAUCUAUUUUGAUCCUUCGGGAAUACCUGUAAUGCAUCGCGCAAUAAUUUCAACUGUAUUUCGCUCUUUUUUGUACUUUACUGACUUAUUGACUACUGUCGUGUCCUGCAGACUUUCUGCAAUGCCAGGACAGUUUACUUAAAAGAUUAAAUGUUCUGAGGGAGGGGAAGGAAGCGUUUGUUUUGUUUGCCGGCUCCAUUUGCCGCAUUCCUGCAGCACUUUCUGUUUCUGUUUCAGAUCUCCAGCAUCCGGAGUUCUUUGUUUUACUGUAGUUAAAGGAAGGCUAUAUAUAAAGUACUGGGCGUGGGACAACAUAUUUGUUUACAUAUUUUGCAAAUACUUACAUUCAACGAAAUAAAUUUGAAUAAAACGUUUAACUCA